AUGGAGCAGCAUCUAUCACUUCUAUGCUGUGAAACGGACGUCACCGGCAAGACGAAGAGAGCCCUUCUAGAUCCCGUCUUACUCAAUGACAACCGAGUUUUAGCCAAUUUACUGGCCACAGAGGAUAAAUAUCUACCACAUACUUGUUAUUUUAAUUGUGUUCAGACUGACAUUCAGCCUUAUAUGAGGAAAAUGGUCACAGAAUGGAUGGCUGAGGUGUGUUCUGAACACAAGAUGGAGGAGGAAGUGUUUCCCCUAAGUGUGAACUAUUUAGACAGAUUUCUUUCUAUAAAGGAUAUUAAACGGACACGGUUACAACUGUUAGGGGCAGGUUGCAUGUUUUUGGCUUCAAAGUUGAAGGAGACCACACCGAUAAGUGGAGAACAACUGGUCAUAUACACAGACAACUCUAUCACACUGGAGGAUCUUACGGACAUGGAAUCCUGGAUUCUACUUCUGCUCAAAUGGGACCUGUCCGCCGUUGUACCCAACGACUUCUUGGAUCAUGUUUUACACCGGAUGCCAUUCAACAAAUACGACGCUCACAUUAUUAAAAGACGUGCACAGACCAUUGCUGCGCUGUGUGCAACAGAUUGCAAGUUUAUGCAGACCCCUCCCUCAAUGAUCGCUUGCUCUGCCAUAGCUUGUGCCCUGAAGCACUUGAAGCCCCACAGUGAGACUGAUCUGGCUAGUCUACAUCACAUCACCGGCAUUGAUAUGGAUCUGAUCCGAUCGUGUGUGGAACAGGUGGACCAGACAGUCCGUGCCUGCAUGGCUUCAGCAGCUCAGACAGACCAGCAUGUCAGCAAACACGAAGAACAGAAACAAGAACAGCCAACAACACCAACUGACGUCCGUGACAUCAACAUAUUGGGAGUUGACAAUACUGUCUCCAGCAGCCAGGCUGCACAGCCCUAUGUUUACUGA